UGCUGGUUACUUCCCCCUUCCCUUCUCUCCCUGCUAUAGCAGGGUCCAAGCUGCCUGCGAGGGACGGGGCGAGAUUGGCUGCGGACUGUACAGAUCAGCCAAAGAACGAAGUAGUCUCUCUCUCUCUCUCUCUCUCUCUCUCUCUCUCUCUCUCUCUCUCUCUCACACACACACACACACACACACACACACACUCAAAACUCGGACCUGCCGCACCACGGCCGCUCCAAUCCCUGGAAAAGGCAAUCGAGCGCCCUCCGGACCGCUGCGCGCACCCGGACUCCGGCAGUGCGCCGGACGCAGCGCUGGUGCUUUCCCCAGCGCCGCCGCUUAGGCUGGCUGUUCUGGAAGAUAAAGAGGGGAGGGAGGAUAGAGACAGAUCCUGAAAACACGGCCACACACGCCGCGACUGAAGCUCUUUCUCGGCGUACCAGUGAGGACGGCUCCAGCAGCGCCCUGCCCCGGGGAGGUCCGCGCGGCUGCCCGGGAAGAGCCCACCUGCCGGUCCGAGAUCGGCCAGGGCAAAAAGCGCGACUUGCCGGUGUCCUGCUCAAGCAGUGCCUGGAGCCCCCGGCGCCCUCGCCCCAGCUAAUUUGAAGUUCAACCCUCGGCUCUGUCGCGGGCCCCUCGCGCCCUCGGCGUGUCCCCCCGCCACGCGGGGAGCGGACGCGCGGCGCCGGGACGUCGCUAUGGCUGGGGCGCUCCGGCUGCUGUGCCUGUGGCUAGGCUGCUUCUGCGUGAGCCUGGCGCGGGGAGAGGGACUGACGCGCAAUGUCCCGGAGCCGCACAGGGCUGUGCCAGGAGACCGCACGGCAGGUGGUGGCCCCGGCCCCGUGCUGCAGCCACACGACAAGGUGUCGGAGCACAUGCUGCGGCUCUAUGACAGGUACAGCGGCGGCGGCAGGGCCGAGGCGGAACGGGCGCAGCGGUCCUCCGAGCGGGGCUCUCAGCCCCUGCGCCCCCCACCCCUGCGCGAAGGCAACACGGUUCGCAGCUUUCGAGCCGGAGCAUCAGGAACCCUUGGAAGCAAAGGACUACACAUCUUUAACCUGACUUCUCUAACCAAGUCUGAAAACAUUUUAUCUGCCACACUGUAUUUCUAUAUUGGAGAGCUAAUAAACAUCAGCCUGAGUUGUCCAGCAUCCCGAGGAUGCUCACCUCAUGCUCAGAGGAAACACGUUCUGAUUGAUCUCUCUGCAUGGAUCCUCAAAUCUGACAGAAACCAAAGUCAACACCUCGGUCACCUUUCAGUAGACGUAGCCAAAUCUCAUCGAGACCUUGGGUCCUGGCUGUCUAAAGACAUCACUCAGCUCUUGAGAAGGGCCAAGGAAAAUGAAGAGUUCCUCAUAGGAUUUAACAUUACCUCCAAAGGACACCAGCUGCCAAAGAAGAUGUUGCCCUUCCCCGAGCCUUAUAUCUUGGUGUAUGCCAACGAUGCUGCCAUUUCUGAGCCGGAGAGUGUGGUAUCAAGCUUGCAGAGGCACCGGAAUUUCCCCAUUGGAGCUGUGCCUAGACCGGACGGCCAUAUCAAGGCUGCCCUUUCUACCGAACGGAGAAGGAAGCGCUCGGCUGGGGUCCUGCUGCCUCUGCAGAACAAUGAGCUUCCUGGGGCAGAAUAUCAGUAUAGGGAGGAUGGGGUAUGGGAGGAGAGAAAGCCUUACAAGACCCUUCAGACUCAGGCCCCAGAGAAGACUAAAAACAAAAAGAAACAGAGAAAGGGACCCCCCCAGAAGAGCCAGACUCUCCAGUUUGAUGAGCAGACCCUGAAGAAGGCCAGAAGAAAGCAAUGGAUUGAACCACGCAAUUGUGCCAGGCGGUACCUUAAAGUGGACUUUGCGGAUAUUGGCUGGAGUGAAUGGAUCAUCUCCCCCAAAUCCUUCGAUGCCUAUUAUUGCUCCGGAGCAUGCCAGUUCCCCAUGCCAAAGUCUUUGAAGCCAUCAAACCAUGCUACCAUCCAGAGUAUAGUGAGAGCUGUGGGCGUCGUUCCUGGAAUCCCUGAGCCUUGCUGUGUGCCAGAAAAGAUGUCCUCACUCAGUAUCUUAUUCUUUGAUGAGAAUAAGAACGUGGUACUUAAAGUGUAUCCUAAUAUGACAGUAGAGUCUUGUGCUUGCAGAUAACCUGGCAAAGAACUCAUCUGGGUGCUUAAUUCAAUCAUUACUUUAUUUAAUGGACUCUCCCCCCCCCCCACCCCCUUGUUUUGCACUGCCAAUGCAUUUCAUCCCAAAAGAUUUUUUAUAGUCAAAGAGAAUGAGCAGACAGACUGACGAUUUCCAUCAAGGAGAACUGGACUGUGUUUGUCUCUGAAUGUAACUAAAUGCAAGAUUUUCAUAACUAUGGACAUUUAUUUCUUUUUUUAAAAAAAUUCACAAAGGAAAAAUGAUCACUCAAACUCUUUUUCAGAGCUAUUAGAGGACACACUGAUUUAUUUUUGUAAGGAGCUUUGAAAAUAGGUUGGAAAAACACCAAUAGCUUAUCACUUAUCUCUACUCAUAGAGAAUAGAAAUUUUUCAUAUUUUGAAGUAGAUUUAUUGCCAUAGAUUCCUGAGCGACUCAGCAAGUGCUAAAUAACCCAACCAACUUUUAUGUUUAUCUUCAAAUCUGUUAAGACUCUUGUUUACCUGUGUUUUUCCUCCAUGUGUAAUUGUAUGAAUAGGUGAGUGGAGAGUGUGGGCUGAGUGUUAAGAGUAUAUGUAUGUGUGUACAUUGCCAGGUGCCUGUCCCCUCUCUAGGAAGGUUUGCUUAACAUGGUUUUAUAGUUCAGUCUACACAGGAUUCUUUGUGUUUUCCAUUUCAUGUUCUGGCAAGCACCAUUCAAUUAUAAGAACUUUACCAAAAAGGACAGAGUGAUCCAAGAGCAUAUGCAGAGAGUUACCACUUGGCCCAGCCAUUUAAUUUGAAAUACAGUUGUUUUCAUUUCGUUGCCUCCUAGAAAAGGGAACCUGCAGCCCACUUUUCAAAAACCCACAUGUACUUCCUCUUCUUUUUCACGAAUACCUUCAUUUGUUCUUUUAAAUUGAAUUCAAAAAUUCAAUUAAAUUUUUUAAAUUAAAUAAAAAUUUGGGUUCUCUUGAUAUGCUUUUACUUCUUAUGAAGCAAUCCAUAAAUGCCUGAGGCUCAAAAACGGAUGGAAUAUUGGAGGUUUCUUGAAAUGACCAAAUUAAUCACCAUCACGUGUUGAAUAUCAUUCUUCAGCCACGUCCAGGUCCAGGCACCUUUUCACAUGGAUCAAGGUUCAGCCAUGAAAUCUACUUUAGCAAAGCUCACUAAAAAUUAUUCACCAAAAAAAGGAAGUCAAAUAUAGACACUUUUUUUCCCCACUUCCAUUUGUCACAACUAUCCUCUUACACCUUGCCCUAAAAAACAUGUUUCAAAAAUCUCUCUCUCUCCGAAUUCGCAUGUGUGACAACGAUGUUUUCAGACCAUGGGUUGUUGUUGAUGUCCUAUCUGUGGCCAACCCUCCUCUUGGUUGAGUCUCCACUGAUGAGAGACAACUAAGCCAUUUCAGAGGCUGUGAAGUAUCAGAAGGCGUGGGGUUUUGUUCUGUCUCCACCUAUAGCUACCUAUCGUGGUUCAUCAUGUAAUAAAUAUUUAUUGAGCA